AAAAUUGCUAAUCCAAACACCAAUCACACUUUUUUUUUCACCUCAAAACUCACUUUUCUUUUGGAUUUUUCCGUUUGUCCCCAUAAAAAAAAAAAAAAAAAAAUUUCAUUUUUAUUAAGUUUUUAGAGAUUCCUCAUUUGUUGGUAAAUGGAGAAUCACCAACCUCUCAUCAGCCCUCAAUCACGUUUCCGCCUCCAACCAAUACCGGAAAAUCCAGAUUCCUCCUCCUCCGCCGCCAUAACAAUCCCUCGCUCAAUCUCAAACACUUCCUUCUUCCACGAAAUCUCCCAAGAACGUCUUCUUCAUCAUCAAGACCUCGAAGAAUCCGUACAAGACGACAACGACGAAGACUCAGACUCAGACGAAACAAAUCGGUUUUUGUCAAACACUAGACCACUUCACCGAUGUCGUACAGCUCCAGCUAUGGUAAUCAUCAAAGACUUAAGACCCAAAAAUCAAGAAACCAAAAAACCAUCACCAAUCUCAAAAUCCAUAAUCAAACAAGCUAUUUUCUUGCUAGUCAUCUACUUAACCUUAGGGGUUUCAAUCUAUUCAUUCAAUCGUGACCACUACUCAGGAAUCGAAACCCAUCCUGUAGUCGACGCUCUCUAUUUCUGUAUCGUCACUAUGUGUACUAUUGGUUACGGUGACAUCGCUCCGUUGACUCCAUGGACGAAGAUCUUCGCCGUUGUUUUCGUUUUAUUCGGGUUCGGGUUCUUGGAUAUCUUACUCAGUGGUGUUGUUAAUUACGUUUUGGAUCUUCAAGAGAGUAUGAUUCUCACCGGAAUCCAAACGAAGCAGCACCAUCACCACCACCAUAGAUUCUCUGCUAAAGAUUACAUCAUUGAUUUUGAGAAAGGGAGGAUGAGGAUAAGGAUGAAAGUUGGUUUAGCGUUAUGCGUCGUCGUUUUGUGUAUUGGUGUUGGUGCUUUGGUUUUGCAUUUUGUUGAAGAAUUGGGUUUUGUUGACUCGGUUUAUUUGUCGGUUAUGUCUGUGACUACCGUUGGUUAUGGUGAUCGAGCUUUUAAAACGCUUCAAGGGAGGCUUUUUGCGGCGGUUUGGCUUCUUGUUUCCACUCUUGCGGUGGCGCGUGCGUUUUUGUAUUUGGCGGAAGCGAGGAUUGAUCGCCGGCAUCGGAAAGCUGUUAAAUUGGCGUUGAAUAGAGAUAUUACUGUUGAUGAUUUGCUCAAAGCUGAUACUUAUCAUCAUGGUUUCAUCAGUAAAUCAGAGUAUAUAGUGUUCAAGCUCAAGGAAAUGGGGAAGAUCACUGAGAAAGACAUUAACCAAGUUGGGAUGCAGUUCGAGAAACUUGAUCCUAAUAAUUUAGGAAAAAUCACAUUACCUGAUCUUUUGGGUGGUCCUUUGUGACAAAAGAACAUUCUCCUCUGUCUCUGCUUUUUACUUUCUUUUUUUCCUUUUUCAAGAAAAAUAACUGAAUAUAUGUAGCAGCAGUGAUUCAUACAAAGAAUUAUCCUCUCAAAUUAUAAGAGAUGAUAUAAAUGUAUAUGCUUUUAUUUUUGCUCUGUA